GGACUUCGCUUUUUCAAUGGUUUGGUUUCAUUUGGAUGUCGUUGUGAGAGAAGUCGUGCCUGUAGUGGAGUUUCGCGUUCUAUUUUCUCCCUGCCUUGGUUCCUUAUAUCAUUUUAGCACCCAGUUUCUGCUGUGUAGCCAUGAACGAUAUUUUGAAGCUGUGCGUGUGCUGUACGGGCGUCUUCGUCUGCUACCUUUUCUAUGGUGUAUACCAAGAACGAGUAACGAAAGGGAAGUAUGAAGACGGCGAGAAGUUCACAUACACUGCCACACUGGUGUUUGUACAGUGUGUGACGAAUUCGUUGUUUGCUGCUGGAGCAUUAGCCCUUAACAAGAAGCCCACUAAGAAUGUACCCUGGUAUCUUUUCGCCAUGGCUGCGUUCACUUACGUGGCCGCCAUGAUGUGCAGCAAUAUGUCUCUAAGAUUCGUCUCUUACCCUACUCAGGUGCUGGUCAAGUCUUGCAAGCCUGUUGCAGUUCUUCUCCUGGGUAUUCUCAUUGCUGGAAAGCGCUACCCUCUCUUCAGAUACCUGUGCGUGGCCCUCAUUGUCAGCGGGGCUGCCAUCUUCCUCUAUCCCAAGGACAAGCCGUCGGCCGCCAAGGUUGAAGGAAAUGAGUUGAUGGGUAACAUGUUGCUUGCUGCUUCGCUCCUUUUCGAUGGUCUGACUGGUGCGCUUCAAGAGAAAACUAAUGCUUUUGGCGUCAGUUCUCACACGCUCAUGCUGAAUCUCAAUAUGUACUCCCUCAUCUAUUUAGGUUCUGGCAUGGUCUAUUUGGGAGAGGUGCCCAAGUUCAUGGCUUUCGUUUCGCGUAACCCGGCCGUCAUUAAGGACGUCCUGGCAUUCUGUGUACUGAGCUCAUUGGGCCAGAAUUUCAUCUUCAUGACCGUCACAACGUUUGGCUCCCUGGUGUGUUCCCUGGUGACGACGACACGUAAGUUCUUCACGAUCGUGUUCAGUGUGAUUCUGUUUGGCAAUCGCUUGGUAUCACACCAAUGGUUUGGCGUAGCGCUUGUCUUCUCUGGCCUGUUCAUCGAAGGCAUGGCAAAGCGCAAUGGCUCCGGCAAGCCGGCAGCGGCCGAAAAGAAGACGUCAUAACCCUCGAGAAUCUCUAGCCCUUUAACAAUGUCAUUUUCAUCAAUGGCGACUGACUGUGCAGCAGGCUAACUAAAGUUAGAUGGUGGGCUUCCUGUGCGGAAAAUUGCCUGGGAGAAACUUCAAUCCACAUAGGCCAAACACGGCAAACCGUGUGUCCUAUGUCUGCUGCUAUCCUGCUGCUUCCAUUGCUCAUAGGCCUUCAAAUUUUAUCAGACUUUUAGCAUCUACUUUCUUAUUCGUGUAAUUUAUUGCUGCCUGGUUUGAGCUAAGCUGAGUGGCUUAUUCAAAGUAGGAUGACUCAUAGUCAUAGCUAUUCGUUUCUCAUAUGCUAACCCUCACACACACCCAGCUCCCCAUCCCCGUGCCAUCUCGACUUGAUCCUCUGCCGGCAUAUAUUUAUUUCAUUUGUUGCUGCAA